AUGUUUAUUGCACGAUCAGAAUAUGAUCGCGGUAUCAACACUUUCUCACCGGAAGGUCGUCUCUUCCAAGUCGAAUACUCCCUUGAGGCGAUCAAGCUCGGCUCAACAGCUAUCGGCAUUGCCACAUCUGAGGGCGUCAUCCUAGGGGUGGAGAAGCGCAUCACAUCGAGUCUGCUGGAGACGUCGUCGGUGGAGAAGAUUGUUGAGAUCGACCGACACAUUGGCUGCGCCAUGUCCGGGCUGCAGGCCGAUGCCCGUAGCAUGGUCGAGCACGCCCGUGUUACGAGCCAGAAUCACGAAUUCCAUUACAACGAGCGAUUGGGCGUGGAGAGCUGUACGCAGGCGAUCUGUGAUUUGGCAUUACGGUUCGGCGAGGGUGCGGACGGUGAGGAGAGCAUCAUGAGUCGGCCAUUUGGUGUGGCGUUGUUGAUUGCAGGAUACGAUGAGAACGGCCCGUCACUCUACCACGCCGAGCCCUCAGGAACUUUCUACCGCUACGACGCCAAGGCCAUCGGCUCAGGCUCCGAAGGUGCUCAAGCAGAGCUGCAGAACGAGUUCUACAAGUCGAUCACUUUAUCCGAAGCAGAGGUAUUAGCGUUGAAGACACUGAAGCAGGUCAUGGAAGAGAAGCUAGACGCAAAAAAUGUGCAGCUGGCCAGCGUCACCAAGGACAAGGGCUUCCGGAUUUACACCGACGAAGAGAUGGCAAGCGUCGUGGGUAGACUAGAGGGCAACUGA